CUGGACUUAAUGCUUUUUGAUCUAAUCAACAGUAGGAAUAUAAUUUGUAUUGAGUUUCGAGUUACUACUUUCUCGGCUGAUGACACGAGAUGACAUAUUGUCUGUAUACACGGGUAGUGAUAAUCUUGUAGCGUAAACAGUUCUGGUAGUAAACACGGCUGUGUCAGACAGAUGCUUGGAUGUGUACAGAACAUGGGUUUGUGGACAUGACGCCUACAGAAUGUUAUGGAGGCAGACUCGGACUCGGAAGACUUAUACCUUGCUCACCAAGCCGCCGCUAACGGAGAUAACACCCUGCUGAUACAGGCCAUACAGAAGGAUCCUAGUGUAAUAGAACAAGAGGAUGUGGACGGGUUUACCCCGUUGUCACAUGCUGUGCGUUCAGAACAGCUGGGCGCUGUGAAGCGUCUCAUAAAAAUGGGAGCCGAUGUGAAUUCCCGUGAUGGACAGGGACGUACCUGUCUCUCUACUGCUGCGUACCAGGGCUGGUAUGAUGGGGUAAUGUACCUCCUGAGGAAAGGUGCUAGACAGAGCAUCGCUGAUAAAUCAGGGAGAACUCCCCUACAUGCAUGUACCUAUGAUAAAGACCUCAGAAUUAUUGGUGCCUUGCUACAGACCCUGACAGGGCAGGAGGUGAACCAGCCGGACAAUGAGAAAAUGACGCCAUUACACUGGGCCGCCUUCCAUGACCGUCCGGAUCAUGUCCAGAUGUUGAUCAUGCAUGGAGGUGACAUGACGUGUCAAGAUGUGGACAACAAGACUGCCCUCCACUGGGCUGCACAGAAAGGAAGUAUUGGGAGCUGUCAUGUACUUAUACAUUGUGCCAAAAAUCAGCGGUUUGUCAACAUCCCCGACUCCUCAGGCAAGACCGCCGUUCACUAUGCUGCUGCUGCUGGUAACGUCAACAUUCUGGAGGAACUCGCCAAACUCACAGGAUGUGAACUGGAGUGUGAAGAUCCAGAUGACAGGACACCUUUACAUUGGGCCACAGCCAUGGGUCAUGUCAGCUGUGUAUCUCUGCUGCUGCGUCUGAAGGUCAUCCCUAGUCCUGUCGACAUUGAGGGCGGUACACCACUUGAUUACGCUCAGCAAUCAGGUCACAAAGAAUGUCAAGCUCUGUUAGAAAAAGCCAUGGGAAUUAAACCCAAUUCAGUUAAGGAAUCGAAGACCAAACCAUGGAAACGAACAAUAGACAACAAUUCAACUCGCAAGGGAUCAGUACGAAACCCAAUAUGGAAGUUAAAAGAUCUGUUCCGACCUCGUCAUAAAAAGAGCACAGGGACUCCCACAUCAGACACAACUAACACUAGUGAUUCUAUAGAAAUGAAAACGUUAGUACCUGACAGUGCUAGCUCUAGAGACAAAAGUGGUAGGUCAAGGGUCAGAAAAAAUUCCAUUGAACUUCGAACCGAGAGGCUAACCAAUAGGUCAACUCAGGAAAAGACCCUACUCAGUCAUUCACCUAAUCCAAACGAGACAAUCUUUAAUCAUUUACCAAUCCAAAGGGAGACAACUCUUCACCGAGGAACCUUGCAGAAACCUGUGGUGAGAAGAACGAUGACUAUCCCUAUUCCUAUUUUAACUGUUAGUCAACCCGACGAGGACGACGGUAGCUAUGGACGACCUAUAGCAAGUGCAAGGUCACAAAUCAGAAGUGCAAUGUCAUUGAGAUCACCAAUGCCCUCGCUGAUUGUCGAGCACGCAAUGAUCCACCGUGAAAAAGACAGUAGUGAUAGUGAUAAUUCCCCACCCAAGGGCUCUCCUCCACGCCCAAUGGUCGUCCCUAAAAUAGUGCUUUCUACUGUCACCGAUUUGGAUGCAGAUCUGUCACCAAAACAACGAAGGAAAAACAGGAAAUCCGCGAGGAAGAGUCCGCACCCGGAACCCCUCCACAUCCCUGUACCACAUCCGUCGUACAUGACGACACAGGCGAUUGGAGUGCCUGUCUCUCCCAACUUACCUCCCGUCAUGUCUCCUCGUCUGUCGCCUCUCUCUACCACCGUGCUAGGACAUGCCCUGCCUAAACAUCCACCGACCAGGAAGAAGCAGGAAGAUUUAGCUCCACUCCGUAUGCCUCCAUCUCCGGUACCCAUACCUAUGCGAAUGGCAGCACCCACAUCUCCAGCUGGUUACCGAGGACGACAUGCCGAUAAACAGAAGAGGUCUCCCACGCCGCCACCCACCAUCAAACUGUGGCCCUCUGAUGAGAAUAUUCAACAGCAACCAAGUCCAAAUCUCUCACCAAGUCCUGUGGUGUUUGAUUCCGAGACCUCAGAGAAGAUUCGGCAGAGUGUGCAACGCCGACUAAGUGGAUUAAGUGAAAAGAGUGGAAUAUCUCGUAGACUGAGUGGUCUAAGCGAUGCAUCACAGUUUUUGACAGUGGAUGAGCAUGACCGAUUUGGUGGCAGUGGAUCGGAUAUUUUUUCCUUGUCCUCAGGGUCAAGGUUAUCGAUGCAUUCCGGUUCACAACACUCCGGAUCACGGAGUCCCCUUCCUUCUGCUAGGAGUGAUGCGAGAAGCAUACAUUUAUCGCCUCUCAAUAGUAGCUUCGGCUCAAACUCAAGUGGAACUCUUCUAUGUGCCUCACCUGUCCCCAUGACAACCAUGGAGAAGAAAAGCAUGGAUCGCUCCAUACAGAGUUUACUGCAUUAACAAAAUCUGAUCUGUGAUAUACCAUAUUAGGUAAAAGGGGAUUGGGAUAUACCAUAUUAGGUAAAAGGGAAACUGGAAAUGGAAUUUACCAUGUUAAGGGAAAGUGGGAUUGUACCACGUUUGGUAAAGGGAAAUCCGGAAUAUACCAUGUUAGGUAAAUGGAAAGUGGGAUAUAACAUGUCGGGAAAUUGAGAAUGUACCAUGUUUAGUUAAGCAGAAGUGGGAUAAUACUACUCUAAUCACUUAAGGGGAAGUGUGCAAGAUCCUUGUACAUUAAAAAGUGAUAAUACAUUUACAAGCCUGGCUAUAUAUGUGAUAUCAAAUGAUAAAUGACAGAGGAAACAAAAUGUGAUCUUAAUUAAAAUGGCUAAAAUUGUGAUAUACAAAUAAUCUGAGUCAUGGCUCGCUGUGUAAAUCAUGUUGAUUAAUAUAAAUGUGGGCAAAUCAAAAUUGUGAUACAUGUUUUUAGUCUUGGAUAUCUUUUAAAUGUAUGUCUUUUAAUGUGUAAUAUUACUGUCAUUUUUGUGAAAUAAGUUUUAGUAUUCUGUCUGUGAGAGUUCUACUGGUACUGUAGGUAUGCUUUUAUAAAAAAAAAAUGAAAAUUUGACAGUCAUGUUUUGAUUGUGCUCCUCAUCUGGAUCAUUUUGGUAUAUUUUGUUCUAUUAGUAUUGUGUAAAGAUUGUUUUAGGAAAAGAAAUUGUCCACACUAAGAUGUUUCUUGUACAUUUAUAUAUAUAAAUUAUAAUGUUAACCCUUUCACCACUGUAGACCAUAAUGGACUAA